AUGGUGCCAUUCAAUAUUGACUAUCAAGAGACGCUUGGUUCGCAUUUCAUGUCCUUCAUCGACUUGUCAAUGGUCAAUGAACUCUAUGGAUGCAAAAAAAUCUGUGAAGCUACAAAAUCAGCGCAGUGUGAAAUGGGCGGUUUCCCCAAUCCAAACGACUGCUCUAAAUGUGUCUGUCCUGGAGGAUAUGCUGGAGAUACGUGUAAUGAAAGACCUGAUGAAGGAUGCGGGAGCAAAAUCGAUGCAACGCCAGAGUGGAAAGAACUGACAGAUGUUUUAGGAAACUAUGGAGUAUGGCAGCCCCUGGAAGAUUACACCAAAUGCUACUACUGGAUCGAAUCUCCGGAAAACACCGAUAUUGUGGUAGAAAUUGUGAGCCUCGUGGGUCAUCAGGCUGUCGACGGUUGUAUAUUCACUGGCGUUGAAAUCAAGACAAAUGAAGAUCAGAAACUUACUGGUUUCAGGUUCUGUGCUCCCCAAGAUGCUGGAAAAACACUUGUUUCAUCCAGUAAUCGUGUUCCAAUAAUAACAUGGAACAAAAUCGCAAGAUCAACAACAGUUUUACGUUUCCGGCACGUUCCGGCAGCGAAGCCUCGGCCAUCUUCUUCAACACAUCGGAAAACGAUUGAAAGAUCUACAACUACNUCAAGCACCAAAACGCCAUCGUCGACUGCCCCUACCCCCUCCACAGCUCCUCCACCAUGCACGACAACGGAUCAUCCGAGUAGCGUUUUGUUUCAGAUGUCGAUUGCAAUAGUUCAAGCGGGCUCCAUUUUAUACGAUACACCUGCGACAUUGGACAAACUUGAGCGGCUUACCAAAGAAGCUACAGACAAAGGAGCAAAAUUGGUGCUAUUUCCAGAAGCGUUUAUUGGUGGUUACCCUAAAGGCUCCGAUUUUGGAAUCGUUCUCGGAACACGUUCAAUGGAAGGCCGUGAAGAGUUUAGCAAGUACUUCAACUCAGCUAUCGAAGAAAAUGGUGCUGAAUCUCGACGUAUCGCCGAAAUUGCAAUCACCAACAAUGUCUUCAUCGUGGUCGGAGUAGUGGAACGAAGUGGUGGCACUCUGUAUUGCUCGGUACUUACCAAUACUGCUUGUUCAUAUGGCAGACGUGUUGUUAUCUCGUUGGUUACUAAGAGCAUGAUCAGCUAG